GGGAGAAGAAGAAAAGACCUGCAAGCGGAAGAAACACCGGAUCUGGCUUCGCGUCGCGUUCGCUUUAUGCCACUGGUUUAGUUUUUUUUUCCCAGAGACAUUUCGAAAACCCUUUGAAUAAUGUCUACACCGGCAAGGAGGCGACUUAUGAGGGAUUUUAAAAGGCUACAAGAGGAUCCUCCCACCGGUGUGAGCGGAGCGCCAUCAGAGAACAACAUCAUGCUUUGGAACGCUGUUAUUUUUGGACCCGUGGGGACACCGUUCGAAGAUGGAACAUUUAAGCUGCUGAUAGAGUUUUCAGAGGAGUACCCAAACAAGCCCCCCACAGUUCGGUUUGUCUCCAGAAUGUUUCACCCAAACGUUUAUGCCGAUGGCAGUAUAUGUUUAGACAUUCUUCAGAAUCGCUGGAGCCCUACGUACGACGUGUCGUCCAUACUCACCUCCAUCCAGUCUUUGUUGGAUGAGCCAAACCCCAACAGCCCAGCCAACAGUCAGGCCGCACAGCUCUAUCAGGAAAACAAGAGGGAGUACGAAAAGAGAGUGACGGCCAUCGUGGAGCAGAGCUGGGUGGAUGUCUGAGCUUUCUCCGACCCCAUAGUAUUCUCUUCAUCGCCCUCUCUCCAUCAUCCCCGUUCUCCAGUUUGUCAUCAAGAAAAAGAAAAAAAACAGCAAUUAUAUAAAAACUCAAGUGCCACCCUGAAAAGAAAAAGAGCAACCAAACCUGAAUGGACAUUAACUUGCUUGCCAACGCAUUUUAGGAAGUAGAGAGGGGGAGGGGGGAUUCAACCUUAUGUUUGUGUUUCUUGUCUUUAAUUUGACUUUUUUUUUAUUGCAUGAUGUGAGGUAAGUUAUUGCUAACAAAAUUUGUAAUAUAUCUUUGGCUGGCUGGAUUGAUGCUGUUAGUGCUCGAGUUUUACAGACUGUUUUCUUCUUCCCUCUCUCUCUUCCUCCUUCUGAAAAUGAUCCCCUUGUUCCUUUUUAUCAGCCGGCUGUUUGACAAAGAUGCUGAUUGACCAGAUCGGCAUACUUUUUGAAAAGCUUUUUGAAAGCUUUCGGGAGGGGAACCAGAAAAUGCCUUCCUAGAGCUCGUAGCAUCAAUGUUCCCUCUAGUCAACCACAAAUAUAGCUGAUGAAGGACAAUUCCAGGUCUGAUGUGGCAUAUCAGUUUGUUUUAAGAGAUGCUGUGGGUUUGGGCUCUGAAUGCAUCGCGGGUAGCAGAGUCGCUAAUGAAUCAUGACUUUGUGGCUGGCCAUGACAGAGCUUUCACUGUAAUCAUUUCCACACCAAGGUAAGGAGGAUUCUUGGACCGGGGGUUCCAAUUUACUUCCUGUCAUUCCUUGUUAAAUGGGUGGACAUGGUGCUUCUGAGCCAGGAGUGGGUGCAGCUACGGUAGGACGUAGGUCCUGCUACGUCCGUCCACCAACCUGCUACCCGAGACAUGAAUUGACAAAUGAGCAGAAUAUGAAAGCGGUGUGCUUCAUUUAUACUUUAGUUUGUUUUUUUUAAUUGAGGGGACUGAUGAAGCAGAUUCCUGCAAAUAUCACUCACCUGCAGUGUCAUGCUUGUAGCAAGCGUGUGGUGUUUCCCUGUAGGCUCAAGUUGCUUUCAUGCCUGAAUUGAUCUCCUAGCUGUUGCUGCCCAAUUAAAAUUCCUCCUCAGCAUAAAUCCACAACCUAACCCGUCAUACUGCAGCUUCACCAGUCAUCACGAGACAGAACUCCUCUUUUCUUAAAUAAUAAGGUCGUAUUGUGAGGUAUGACUUAUUUCGCCUAACAAGCAGAAGGGAUAUAUUCUAAAGUUUUGAGAAUCAAACAUGUAUUCUUAAACCAAUAUGCUGUAUAAACAUAAUAAAACACAUUUUCCAGA